UAACCAGAGAUGGUAUUAAUGUUUUGUUGUACUGGUUGGCAUCGUUGGCUAGAGGAUUGUGGCUAGUGUUAUAAGUGUGAAUUUAAAUGCAGAAAUGGCGAAUGUGAAAGGUUCUCCUGUAAAGGCAAAGUUUCAGAAAGGUGAGAAAGUUUUAUGUUUUCAUGGGCCUCUGAUAUACGAAGCUAAAUGCCUUGAAUCGGAAAUAAAAGAUAAACAAGUGCGCUAUUACAUUCAUUAUGCUGGUUGGAACAAAAAUUGGGAUGAAUGGGUUCCUGAGAGCAGAGUUCUGAAAUACAAUGAUGCAAAUGUUCAGAAGCAGAAAGAACUUCAGAAGGCACACAAAGCCAAUCCACAGAGAAAGAAACCAGCAAAACGGAAAUCCGAUGGUACCCUUUUUGUGGGCAAGGAUGGAGAGGGUCAGAGUCGCCCCUCAACCCCCUUAGGUCCUAGUGCCGCAUCAACACCUUCCUCAUCUCAAGACUCAUCAUCAGAUGUGCCUCGUCGCAAGAGGGGCCGAGUUGACCCUACUGUUGAAACGGAGGAACAAUUUACCACAAAAGUGGAAGUGAAAGUAAAAUUACCAGAUGAACUAAAACCAUGGCUUGUUGAUGAUUGGGAUUUCAUCUGUAGACAAAGGAAACUUGUGGACCUACCUGCGAAGAUAAGUGUUGACCAGAUCCUGGAUGCAUAUGUGAAACUUAAAACUUCAAGUAAAAGUAACACACCAUACAAAGAAAGUGCUGUUAUUGAGGUUAUCAAUGGAAUUCGUGAAUAUUUCAAUGUGAUGUUAGGCACGCAGCUUCUAUACAAGUGGGAGAGACCUCAGUACAGUGAGCUUCUUCAAGCUAAUCCUGAUACACCAAUGAGCAAGUUGUAUGGUGCAGCUCAUCUUCUUAGAUUAUUUGUUCGCCUUGGAAGUGUGCUGGCGUACACACCACUAGACGACAAGAGUAUUGCUCUGUUAACAGCAUACAUCAAUGAUUUUCUCAGAUUCUUACAUAAAAAUUACUCAUCACUACAAGCUGUACAGGAUUACCACAUUGCAGCACCUGAGUAUCACAGAAAAGCUGUGUGAUUGCCUCUCAUAAGUAUUUUUUAUUCUUUCUUGCGUGUUUAUAAGUGUUAGCUUGUAGUUUGUCACAGUAUUUAGAGUUUAAGACUGACUGUGCAUUCUGCUAAGGCAAUUUUUGUAAACACUGUAUCCAAAUAACAAUCACAUUGUAUUUGGGGGUCUGUAUUUCUCAUGGUUUAAUAAGUUGACUGCCAAAAAACAGUUUGAGACCUUGUAUGUGUUAAAAUAGUGGAAACAGUUGUAUGGAUACCACCACAUUGCACAAGGAUGUAUCUGAACAUCCAGUAGAAUAAGAAAAUACCAAUAUUUGUUUAAUAGAGAUUUACAAUGAUCUGAAUUCUCAUUAAUAUAUUUGCCAUUUCAGUAAUCUGAUUGCAGUUGUAUUGUACGCUCACAUGCAUAUUUGAUGAUGCUUCAUUAUUCAUUGUGUUUCUGUUGAGUAUGUUUUAUGAGAACAUAUUCAAUUGGUCUUUUGAUUGUGUGUAUGUAUUCUGAUUGCAAAAUGUACAUGUUACAGCAGAGAAAUUGUAACUCCUUUUGCAGUUGCUGUUUAGAAGUUACAAGUAUAUAUAUAUAUAUAUUGUCUGUGCUUACUUUCCACUAAAAAUCGGUUUGAGACUGUUGUUUCUUUCUGGCUUUCAUUAUUUUGCAAUAAAAGAUGGACUUACAGAAAGCGAGGACUUUCUGGUGGAAAAA